CGCACCUCCAAGGUGCGUUUUAUAAAUAAACCGCACCUGAAGGGUGCGUUUUACCCUUAAAUCGCACCUUGGAGGUGCGUUCCAUGCCACGUCAGCCAACGAACCGCACAUUGGAGGUGCGGUAUGUGCUUCCUCGGGAGCGGGUUUGGAGACCGCAGGAUCAGGCGGUGAUCCAGCGGCGGACCGCUUGCCACAUCAGUGAUCCGCGCCAGUGCGCCAAGGAUCGAAGACCGCAGCUGGCAGGUGCGGUCAGCGCCUCGAUCCUUGCAAAACGCAUCGGGAGGGUGCAGUUUCUGGCAGGGCAAAAUUACCAGACUGCCCCUGGAGGGUGCGGUCUGAAGAGUACAAAUACUCCCUCCCCCCUCUCAUUUCUUCACACCACAACCCAUUCUUCACUCUCUCUCUAAAAUUAUCUCUCUAACCCCUCCCCUCCCAAAAUACUAGGAAAUAGUGGUAUGUUGGUUGCGGCUAAGUCCGAUCUGCCAUCAGAAAAUAUUUCUUUGGUUUUUCCCUCAGCGCUCCAAGAACUGAUUUCCCACGUACGCCACCGCAUCAUCCUCCCCGGGGUCAACAGAAUUCGCCCACGAAUUUUCGUCAUCUGAAUCGUCACCAACAAAUAGCAAUUAAACCU